ACCACUGAAUCUGCUACACGCGACGCCUGGCCUGCUGCUUGCCUGUCCGCCUGUCUGCCUCCUCUCCGUCUCUGGUGCUCCGCCGCCUCCCGGUCCACACCAUCUUAUCCCUCCCACCCAUCCACCUUUAAUUUUUUUUUUCUUUCCCUGACUGCUUUGCCCUGUCUGUGUGUUUUGCUUUGCUUUGCUUUUGCUUUGCUUGCUAUCCGUCCCUUGCUGCUCUAAGCCCGCCGCCGCCGCCGUCUACCUACCUACUCUACCGCUACCACUACCACCACCACCACCACCACUAUACCUGCCGGCUGCCUGCUUGUCGUUCGCUGCCACCCACCCCUCCCUUUCUCCUCCUCCUCCUCUCUCCCACUCUCUCCUUCCCUCUCUCUACACCUCAUCCUCCUUACCCCCCUGCUACUAUCCGCCGCCGCCGCCACCACCACGCGACAAACACACAAACCAUCCGUCCAUCCAUCCAUCUAGCGAGCCGAAAAAGCCAAGCUCGCUCUCUAAUUCUUCCUUCUUCUCUCUGUUCCAGUGUCACAGAAGCAAUACUGUACAGCAGCAGCAGCAGCAGCAGUAUACACUACACGGGCGGUGCAGUGCAGCCUGCAGUAGUCGCCUGCUCCUCCCUGGUCGUUCGCGCCUUCCACCCCCCAAUCGCGCAGCCCGCACCAGUCGCUCAUCAGUCCCACCGUUCCAUCCACUCAAGUGCUGGUCUGGUCUGCUUUGACUGACACACCCGUCAACCACCAUCCGCUGCCGCUCGACUUUUACACCUCACGCUGCCCGCUCUCCUCUCCUCCACCUCCGGCCCUCCGUCCGUCUCUUGUUUUUUCCCCUCCAACCACCUUCUUUUUUUCUUAUCGCGCUAUGCUCCCGUGAUCCAGGAAUACACUGCCACAAACUUCCGCAAAGACCACGCUCGUUCCCGAUAUCUUAAUCGCUAAUUGUCCCUCACCCGUUAUCGCCGGUCCUCCGCGCUUGCUCCUGGCUUCGCGGCCCCAGCAGUUACAUCUACGCCAACCUCAAAGGGCUGCUCCUCCAUAUCUCUCACCUUCGCUCGUUCGCUCCUCGUCCAUUGCAGCACACCUCCCUCCAUACCCUAAAGUCCGCUGAGCAUUGUGCGCAAUGGCUCCCGCCGUGCCCAGACUCCGCAUCCUCUCAGUCGGUGGCAACGCUGUCUCGGCAUUCCUAUCAUGGCGUCUUCAAGCUACCAACGCUUGCGACGUCACCCUGGUAUGGAAAUCCGGAUAUGAGAGCGUCGCUCAAUACGGCAUCUCCUUCAAAUCGUCACUCUACGGAAAUGAACGCUUCAAGCCAUACUCGGUGGUACGCACACCCGAAGACGCCGCACAUUCCUCGAAACAACCCUUUGACUACGUCCUUCUCUGCGUCAAGGCUCUUCCCGACGUAUACGAUAUCGCCAACAUUAUCGAAUCCGUCGUUUCGCCUCAACACACAUGCAUCCUCAUGAACACCACACAUAGUCUUGGCGUUGAGUCAUAUCUGGAGCAACGGUUCCCUACGAACGUCGUCCUGUCCCUGGUUUCAGGUGCGGAGAUAUCGCAGCUAGGUGCGAGCGAGUUCGAACACAAGGGUGCCACCGACAUCUGGGUCGGCCCUGCCAAUCAGAAUUCCGAAAUCCCGGCACAAGUGCAGGCCGACAUGGCAGAAGCACUUGCCAUGACCCUGGCGUCAGGCCAAGUCGACAGCAAAGUCUCGCCCAACAUCCGGCAACAACAGUAUGAGCGCAUGAUCGGUCCCAUAGCAUUUCACCCGAUCAGUGUUCUCUUUGAAACCCCAAACCAUUCGCAGUUGUUGGAAAAAGUUGGCGUCCGACCUCUCAUCGCUGGCGUCAUAGACGAGCUCCUCGCGCUUGCUACAGCGCAGGGCUGCACGUUCCCACCCGAUCACAGGGAAACCACAAUGGAGAAGAUGACGGAGCCCCAGGAGACUAACAGCACCAUGUAUCUGGAUUUUGAGGCCAAACGCCCCAUGGAGAUUGAAACCUUUUUGGGUUCCCCGCUUAAGCUUGCGCAGGAGGCCAAUGUUGCGGUACCCCGUAUUGAAACAUUGUAUGCCACUCUUCACCACAUCAAUAUCGUCAACCGAACCAGGCCUGUUCCUGCGGCUACGCCUUCUCCUCAGAACGGCAUGCAACCACCACCUCCGCCGAGAAUGUCUUCGGCACCUCUUCCUCGUGGCCCACCUGGACCUGGACCCAUGAUGAAUGGCAACGGCAUGAUGAAGGGAGGCCGACCCGGUAGCCGUGCACCUUCUGUCACUGGUGUGCCCCCUCCGAUGCGCCGUGGGCCAGCACCUGGCCAAAUGAAUGGAUACCCGCCAAGGCAAAUGAACGGAGGUCCGAACGGCCAACGAAGACCGUCUUUCGAUGGAAACGAUCUCGAAGAGUUUAGCCAUCUGAUGCUCUACGACAACGUGGCCGAGGACGGUGGUCAAGUCGGACCCGGAUUCGAAAAUGGCAAUCCCAACGACAUGGCUCUCCGCGAGAGGGAACUAAUGCUGAGACAGAGAGAGCUCCAACUCCGGGAACAGGAGCUCAACAUGCGCCGUGGACCCCGCCGAGGCCCACCUCCUCCUGCAUCGCACAUGGGCGGAUUCGAUGAGGAUGAGGACGAGGAAGAUUAUUUCGAUCCCAUGGCCUCAAGGGGUCCCGGUCCGGUCAUCGAUCCCGACAAUUUCGACAUGAUGAGCGUUACGUCACGCCGCAACCGCAAAGUGCCCAGUGCUAGCCAGAUUCGCAAGAAUCCCGAAAUGAUGGGACCUCCUGGUAAUGGACCACCCAACGGAGGCGGUCGAUCUCGAAACCCUUUUACACGCCCUGGGUUGAAUAAGAAUCGCACCAGCGCGCGCAUGAUGACCGACAUCCCCGGCUUGCACGAUUCCAUCAUGAACAACCCCCUCUUGGGCUACUCUUCUAACCGAUAUGGCGAUGUCGAUCGAGGCGCCAUGGGUGCACAGUCCCGUGCCAACUCGCUAACAGCGUCACGGCUCGACGAGCUGCAGCAGGGUGGAAGCUACGGAGGGGCAUAUCCUCCGAUGAACCGUCGCAUAAGUCAGUCUCCUGGCAACCCGAUGCAAAGUCCCGGGCCGAGGCCUGGGGGGCGACCCUCUCCCCCCAAUGGGUACGCUUCCAACGGCUACCCAUCGAAUGGAAUGAAUGGCAUGCCACCACCCAACGGACGCCCAUCUCCCCCGGGCAUGCGACAGCCGGUCCCGAGACAUCCUCCGGGGCAAGGAAACGCGGUGGCGCCACAACAAGUUGAACAACACGCUGGGGUGAGCAACCUUUACCCACCAAAGUCCCGUCCUCAAGUGCAAGUUCGUAGUCUGACCGGAUCGGCUAGUGGUAGCAGCGGCCGACUAGAUUCGGAGAAUUCAUCGCAUAGCAGCCAGAGUGCGCUCGGCGUGCGAUGA